AUGUGGCACAUAGACUUACAGAUACUGCUGCUGUGCUUCAUAAUGCCGCCCGCCGGCAGCUACGCCAUCAAGCACAUCUACGUGGGCCCUGCAGCGGCGGACUUCACCGACGUGGACCUCUGCCUCAACCUCUUCCUCACACUCUUCGGCUUCAUGCCAGGCAUCGCCCACGCGCUGUACCUGUUCGCACGGCACAAGGGCUGGGGUGCUGCGCUGGCCAUGGACGCGGCCUUCGUGUGGUUGCUGCUCCUGCUGGAGGGUGUUGUGCCUCCUACAUUUUUUAUAUGUGCUUAUAAAAUAGCCGCAUCUCUUUAA